CCGUCACAGCCUCCGUCUCUCAGCCCACUUGCCAACAUGGCAGAUGAGGUGGAAAAAUCUUUUGACGAGGUUAGCGAAGAAAUUCGUGCAUCUACACUUCGAAAACUAAAACUGUUUGACUCAAUACGUGGAAAAGAUGUUAAAGAAUCGGGUAUUCCUUUCUGGGAUAUAAUCGUUGUCACUGCGGUUGAUGAUAAACAACUCGAGGCAUAUGAAAUUCAAAUUGAGGCUAAACUUUCUCGAGGGGAGCUGCCAAAAGGUGUCAUUUAUAAAGUUGUGAGUGACCCUGCAGGACCAAAGAUUGGAAAUGGAGGUGCAACAUUGCAUGCUGUGGAGAAAUUGAGAUGUGAUUUGGGUACAAAUCUUUUGAGUCAGUAUAAAAUAUUAAUGCUGCAUGCUGGUGGUUUCAGCCAGCGUUUACCAAGUGCUAGUGUUCUUGGUAAGAUCUUCACAGCCGUUCCUUAUGGUGAUCCAGUGUAUCAAAUGUUUGAAAUCAAGCUAGCACUAUGUAUUGAUUUACCAGAACGAAUGGUGCCAGGCAUCUUCAUAACAUGUCCUGAUAUUAUGGAACCAUUCUCAUUGAAAGAUGGCAACUGGGAUUUCAAAAAACCUGGAAUAACUGCAAUAGCUCAUCCAUCACCUAUCAAAGUUGGAACCACCCAUGGUGUGUUUAUUUUGGUUGAAAAACCACACCUCAACUGCUCUAACCACUCUGACCUUCCCUCUGUCACCCAAUCAACUUGUAGUCAUUUUUUACAUAAGCCAUCCAAGGAACAAAUGCACAAAGCAAAUGCUGUUUUCUUCAUUGAUAACAAAGAAUAUGUGUACACAGAUGGUGAAUUCUUCAUGGAUUGGACAACCACUGCCAAGUUACUAAAGUUAUACCAGAAACUUUCACCAUUAGCCUGUGAGAUUGAUGCUUUUGGAGAUUUCCUUCAAGCUCUUGGUGAAAAAAGCAACAAAGAAUAUUGUAAAAAUGUUGCAAAUGUUGUGCAAGUUGUUCCAAAGCUGGUUGAAACUCGGGAACAAUUUUAUGAUGAGUUGCAGGGAACUCAAUUUAAUGUUUUGUUGUUAAACAAAUCUAAGUUUUAUCACAUUGGAACUAUGCCAGAGUACAUUGAGGCCUUCUGUGAUAAUUUGAUAAUGAGGUAUGAAAUGUGUCUGACCAACCAAGCAGUUGUAAGGUUUUCUGAUGGAAAAUCUUUGUUAAAAACUCAGCCUGAAUCAACAUGCACCUUUAGCACCAUCUUGAGUAGUGAUGUUACUUUAGGCGAAAGAUGUGUGGUGGAAUACAGUUUGAUAGAGACUGGUGUUACUAUUGGUGAUGGUACUAUUGUCAGCAACAUGUUAGUACCAGCAGAGACCACUAUCCCAUCUAACUGUUUCUAUCAUACACUAUGUGUAAUGAUUGGUGAAAAUCAUGGUUUGUUUGUUACUGUUGUGUUUGGCGUUACAGAUAAUAUAAAGAAAGUCAUGUCUUUGGAUAAGAUAAGUUUGUUGAAAUAUCUUGGGCAGCCAAUGGAUAUUGCAUUGAAGUCUUUAUCAAUUAAACAAGAGGAUUUGUGGCCAAAUGAUUGCACAAUGACCAAUCUCUGGCAUGCCAAGUUGUUCCCAGCAUUUAAAUCAAAGAAGAUGUCAUCAUUAUAUGCCAUAAAAAUGGGGCAUUCUGUGAUUAAUGGUUGCAUGAUAGAUAAUGAACUUGACACACAGUUCUUCUCCGCAAAUAGAUUGUCUAUGGCUGAUAUUGUUAAAGUCAAAGAUGUUAAAGAAAUGUUGAAUGUUCGGGAUACGUUGAGAAAUAAAUUUACACUAUGAAUUACUACUUUUUAGGGUAGAUUUCCACUUGUGAAGUAUGUAUAUCAUUUCACACUAAAAUAUUUGCAUUUUUUUAAUUUUUGACCAAAC